AUGUCUAUAAUCUAUUCGGCAGCCCCUUACCAUAUCAUCAGCUAUGGCAUCCUUCUGGGUGCUGAGACCUUCCAGUCCUUCAUCGGCGGCAUCGUAGCCUUCAGAAACCUGCCUCGACCACAAUUUGCAACUCUCCAAUCCGCUAUUUUCCCAAUCUACUUCUCGCUGCAGACUGCACUUCCUGUCAUCCUAGCAUUGACGUUCCCCGCCGAACGGACUGCCAUUGGAACGACCUCAUCUAGCUUUUCAGGCGUCCUCGAGCCGACCAACAGACUCCAUGUCUUGACGCCUCUUUUGACGAUCUUCCUUGGUGGGCUGCUGAACGCAGCAUUCGUCGGACCUGCGACAACCAAAACCAUGCGAGAGCGGAAACACCAGGAAACAAAAGACGGGAAGAAAAGUCAUGAUCCGCCUCCGCACAGCAAAGAGAUGCAAGCUCUGAACGCAAAGUUUGGUCGGCUUCACGGUAUAUCUUCGUUGGCCAACUUGACGGCAUGGAUCGCGACUGUUUGGUAUGGCUUCUAUCUUGCAGAUAGACUUUCUUGA